CGGGCCUGGGGGCUGGAACUAGGCGAGCCAACGUCUGGCAACAGGCGGCUGUUAGAAGGAGGAGCCACGGAAAGCGGCGUCUCUGCUGAAAGGCCCAGCGGACCCUGCAGAGGGCCCCUGCACGGCUGGCCCCGCCCUGUCGCACCCACCGCGGGUGGUAGAAAUACAGCUGCAGCCGUCGCUCGCCAGCUGUGCUGCGACUUGCCCCAGAGCUGACCGCGCAGACCCAGUUGACCGACCUGUCCGCGCUCAGUGCCAAUGGCUGACGGACUCUUUCAGCGCAAACCCUGGGGCCGGGAGCAGCCUCGUCCGGACCCCGACACUGAAUCCGAAGAGCUGUUUGACAAGACACUUACGCCAGCGGCCCGCGCACCCAAGUCUGCGUCGGCCGCGGGCAAGAAAGCUGGUCGGCGCGCGGGCGGGAAGGCCCAGGGAGCCCGCUUGGGGCAGCCCCCGAAGGGGGCCGCGCGUCCCCAGCCCAAGGAGGACGCGCCUCCACAGGACGAGGGCUGCUAUCUCGACCAUUUUCCACACCUCUCCAUCUUUAUCUACGCUGCCAUCGCCUUCUCCAUCACCUCCUGCAUCUUUACCUAUAUCCAUUUACAGCUUGCUUGAGUGACCAGGGCGGGGUGGGGUGGGCGCAGAGUUAAUGGGGGAGGGGAGAAGAAGGGCUCAGCAUUUGUGUUUUCAAGAUGCGCCGCGCCCCCUGUAUUCAGCUUUAUUUCCCUGUUGUCACUGUCUUUGCUUAGCUGCCCAUCAGUAGGAAGUCCAAAGUAGCUGCUGGUAAUGAAAUAAAGGUGCUAUUUGCACCUGCAGAUUGGGGGCGGGGUAGUCAGCCGUCUACGUUUUGCAUUCCGGAGUGCACUGUGUUACUAGAAUAAUUUCCCUGACCCCUACUGUUUUGUAACCUGGAGACUUGGUAUGCAGGUAGCCCAUCAUUUUGGGUUUGGGGAUCAAAAAUAAGACUGCCCUUUUGUUCUUUGGGGGAUGAGUCAGACCCAGGCCUGGGGGGUCUUCCAGAGAAGGCCCCGCGGGGAGGGUCGGCAUAGGCCCGGAGCUCUGUGAUGCUGCAUCGCCCCCAGGAGGAGCUAGCUGUGUCCCAGAGUCCGCGCAGUCAGAACUCUGCGCGAGAAGCUUGCAGACGCGGGCGCGCAGCGGGCAGAGCCAGAUCGCUGGACGUGGCUUUGUUGCCACUACGCAGCGGAGCUGAAACUCGCAGCCAGAGGAGCUGUCCGACCCAGGAGGCCAACUCCGGAUGUGUCCUAGACUGCGAAGGACCGGCGGCUACAGAUUUUCUGGGAUUCCAGCCCAGAGCUUGUGCGCUCCGCAGGAUGAGAUUUUUGGGGUCCCUGACUGGGGUCGGGCAGGAGGGCUAUUAUUGGGACUCUGGGGUGGCUUCAUUCUAGCCCAGAGCCCUUCUGAAUCUGUAAGACCCAAGAGGAAGGGGCUGGUGAAUCUGUCAUUGACUAGUUUGUGUUGAAAACCACCCGACCCCUAGGAAUUUGUCACCUCAGACCCAGAGGGCCUAAUAUCAGUAACCAUCCUGGCAGAUUAUUCACCCGCCUGCCACCUGUUAAAUAUCAAAAUGCAGCUAACAUUGCAUAUAGUUUACUUGGAAAUGUCUGUAACUGUGGCACCUCUGUAGAAUAAACCACCUCUUUUUCAGUCUCCUUUAUAUUCAGUUCUUCCUUAAUUUCCAGCUAU